CCCAAGAUAGUAAAAGCUGAGAAGUUCUAUAUUAGAACACACUGUGAGUGCUGCCCGGCGAGGGCAUGAUUAACCUAAUAGGCUUAAAGUUCCACUUGCCAUGCGCAUCUGUCGGGACACGAGCAAAAUGCAGGCCCCGUAAUCCACGGAAUCCAGGAGACUGAAGUCCUUUAGAAUUGCCCUGUUGCUCACUAGCAGGAGAGGGUUCAAAACUUAGACGCCAGCAGCACGGCAGCAUCCCUGCCUCUACACGGUGGGAGCGAGGAAGUCAAGAAAGCUGGUUCCAAGUUUAGGAUGGUGCACCUUGGACUUUGAAGGCUUCUGGCCUGGAAACUGCCUGGAUGGACUCGUAAGACUGCCUUUUGUUCUUAUGUGAAAUAUGAUUCUCUGAAAACCGUGAGGGUUGCAGGUGGGAGAUGACUGCCAGCUGACAUCAUGGGAUGUGCACCUUCCCACAGUGACAUUGUUAACAGUGUUGCCAAGAGCGGCAUCCAGCUUUUUAAAAAGCCCAAAGCAAUUUUGCCAGGACAUCAGGGGGCCAGGGAAAGGUGCGCCAUCCCUUUGCUGAUUCAAAGCUCCACCUGCUAUGACUCUGGAGGGGACUUUUCCCAGGGACAGAGGCCAGCAGCAGAGCAGCCAAGUCCAAGGUGGACCCAGACCAUCGCGGAAAGUCUUUGCCAGCUCCCCAGGGAUCCCACUUCAGGCAAAAGGAAAAACAUGGAAGGACUGACCCCAGAGAACAACGUCUCUGCAUCGCAGCUUCACAAACCACAAAGCUACAAGGCUACGGGCAUCGCACUCGGGAGACAGAGCUCGCGCGGGUCACAAGAGGCAGCCUUUCCUGGGGAGGAGAGCGAAGAAAGUAAUACCCAGGAGACUUCCCAAGGGGAGAAGAGGACCCAGUGUCACAGGUCGGGCACACGGCACCAUUGCUGCCAAACCCUCCUUCCACUCCAUGAAUCGGAGUGCAAAGUGGACUUCCCCGAGCCCCUGGUGAAAGCCCACCAGCACGCCUACACCUAUCUGCACUCCUGCCUCUCCAAAUAUGAAGCAAUUCUGAGCAUCACUCAUCGUGCCACCCAGACCCAGGAGCUGCUGCAGCCCAUGGUCGGCUUCCUGUUGCUGUGUUUUGAGGAGGUCAACCAGCUCCUGGGGGAGAUCUCCAAGGAUGGAGAAGAGCUCCUCCAGGAAGUUCGAGAGGAUGUGGCUUGGCCGUGGAGGAAAGGAGAGCCCCAGGAGCAGCCCGAUCUGCUGCAGCAGCUCCUGCAGUACACAGUCAGCAAGCUGCAGGCGCUCAGUGGCCCGGUGGCCUCGCUCACCGGGAGCCUCCUGGAGGGCUCCGGCAGCUACCUCCACGCCGCCACAGGCCACCUGGGGAGCAAGCUGAGCACGAAGAGGGCUGCGGAGGAACGCCUCCUGAGGGCUCUGGGACAAUUGGAGAGCUUGGCGAGUAGCCACAGUGACCCUGAAGCGCAGGGCCUACCCCUGUGCUCUGAGGACAGUGGCAUUGGUGCUGACGAGUCUGUGCAGCUGGCGGACAAGCUGGGCAAGCAAGCCAGCUGGGACUUGGUGCCAGAGCCUGCCGAAUGGAAGCCAGUGAUUUUACCCACAGCAGAGGCCAGGCUGUCAGGACACGUCUGGCAGCCAAGUCCAUUCCAGAUGCGUUCAGAUGGACCCCAGGACUGUCCACUCUCAAGGCCCCCUAUAGCAAAGGUUCAGCCAGCUGUACAGAGCAGAUCCGGGAGCCCCUGGGCCUCCAGCACAGGCCCAGAAAAUACCACCUCCAGGCCCUGGGGCAUUGGCCAAACUGUCACACCCGAUUCCCUUGGGGCAGGGAUUUCCGGGGAAGCACACUUUCCUAGAGGCUGCCGGUGGAUGGACACUCCGCCCCUCAGUGGAGGUGAGGACAGCAGCCCCGAGGAGGAGGAAGAGGAAGAGGAAGGGAGCUGCCUGAGUCCACGUGAGUGGCAGGAAAACGCUCCCCCUCCAAGGCCUCGAUCUUCACCUGCCGGUGCCCAAAGCCCAUUUCAGCCACACCCCCGGAGGCUGAGGAGCCCCCAGGCCCAGGAGAUGAUUCUGAAGAUGAAGCAGGCCAUCAGUGAAAGGAUCAAGUUUGUCCCUGUGCCCUCUGGGCACCAGGACUGGACAGAGGAAGAAGAGAAGGCGACAGUGCCACCGAGACCUAGCACUGCCAGCGGCAGCCGGAGGGCCCCCUCGAGGCACAGGAGGUCCCAGUCCGAGGGGUGUCUUAAGAGCCACAUGGAGGACCCCACCCUCCAGGAGCUGCGGGGGGUCCAGAGAGAGCUCAGCCGGAGGCUGGAGGCAUUUUACGCCCUGGACUCAGGACAGCAGGUGCAGAGCCGGGAACAGGUUCUGCAGCCCCGCGCAGCAGCACUGAGGCCAGACACCCACUGCAGGGUCACCCCGAGCAACACCAUCAGCAAGCUGAAGGCAUCCCUCACCAAGAACUUCAGCAUUUUGCCAAGUCAGGACAAAAGCAUCCUGCAGAAAUGCUGUCCCCACCCUGAGGGGGAACAGCCCUGGCAGAGAAAAGCUGAGGGGCUUCCAAGGGCCGCUCCGUCCGGGGAGAGGGCCUGUGAGGCCCCCGAAGCCAGGGACUGGAAGGUCAGGAGCUGUCCCCCCAGAACCUCAGUCAAGAAACUCAUUGAAACUUUUAGUCCCAUGGAGAGUCUGAGAACACCGGGGGAUGCCAAGGAUGCUAGGCUGAGCCCCUACCUCAGGAAGUGGGGAGUCCCCACCAUGCCUCCCAGGUUCCCCAUUUACAGGGGGCUUGCCCCUUUGUAUCCAAAGCCCCGAAUUUCUCCAGCAGCAGGUGGAGAAUCUCUCAGGAUGGGCUCAGGCUCAGGCUGGAGGCCCUUCGCGCCCAUCUUUCCGCCUCUGCUCACAGCAGAAGCCUCCGAGACUGAGGACCUCGACUGUGGGACAGAGGACAACCCAGAGCUGCUCCCUCCACCGCCUCUGGAAAUCCUGAUGGACAAAUCAUUUACCUCUCUGGAGCCCCCAGAAAGCAGCAAGCUGGCGGAGAGCUGCCUUGAAGAGACCCACAUGCCAGCUGGGAGGGCCUGCCCUGCCCGGAGAAUGUGGGCUUCCCCAAAGCUAAGAGCCUCCAUGAGCCCCACUGACCUGCUGCCCAGCAAGAGCAUGGCCACCCUCCCCAGGGCCCACAGCGCAGAGCUGGGGAGCAGCAAGAGCGGCUGCGGUCCCGGAAAGCUCGCCCUGGACCUCAACCCCCCGACGGCAGCCAACAGAGACCCAGAGGUGCAGGGAGACAGGGCUCAGAGCCAGGUACGAGCAGACAGGACCACGAGCCUCUCCAAGCAUCCCCGGAAGGCCAUGCACUGGCACCAUUCCAGCCACACAUCCGGACCGAGCAGGACCUCAGAACCCAGCCCAGCCCGACCAAUGCGAGGACUGCAUUCUCCUGAGGCCCCAAGGCAGAACCAAGAGAGAAGCCCCACCCUGGUCAGAAAGACCUCUCCCACAAGAGCACACUGGACACCCAGAGUGGACAGGAGGCAUGCAAGCCUGCCCUCCUCUCACAGACCCACCCAGCCAAGUGUCCCCAGUGUGCACGGGUCCCCUAGCCCACCACUCAGCCCUCCGGUGAGCCCCAGGGUGCUGAGCCCCCCAACAAUGAAGAAACGAGCUUCCCCUCCCCCCCAGCACAAGCCGCCCAGCCCGCCCCCAGCAAGCCCACCCGCCCAGCCCAAGGUCUCCAGCCCCCCUGCCCAGUGCACAGAAGCCAGCUCCCCUGCCUCGGGCCCCUCCCCAUCUCCCCCAGCAUCUCCCAGUCAGGGGCCCAAGGAAACAGGAGAUUCUGAAGACAAUCAGGCAGCCACGGCCAAAGCAUCUGGGAACUCGUGUUCCAUUUUCUGCCCAGCCACCUCCUCUCUGUUUGAAACUAAAUCACCGUUCUCAACAGAGCACCCACUCCUCGCCCCACCAUCACUGCCACCUGAAGCUGCGGUCCCUCGGGGGAACCCCACGGGAGGCUGGAGGAGCAGCUCGGGGCCACGGCUGAGGGCGGACUCACAGCGAGGGACAGCUCUGGGGGCCCUCAACCCUCAGCCUUUCGUCAGAAGGACAGAUUCUGACCGCCGGCCAGGCGUCCGCCUUCUCCUGCCUGUCCCAGGCACCACCAGCAACACGUGUGAUGCCCCGCUUGGUCAGAGCAGCAGCAGUGAGGAGGGCCCCAAGGACGCAGAGCCAUGGAGCAGCCCCCGUGCCCCGGAACCGAAGGGCGGCGGCAGAGGAGCGUCCCCCACAGAGCUCUGCGUGCUGGGCCACGGGCUGCAACGGGAGGCCGGCACUGGCCACGCACAGGACAAGCCCCAGCAGAAGGAAGUGGCCUGACAGGCGGGCCAACUGACUCACACAGAUGCCAGUCACCCCAGAAGACAAGGGUGACAGCCAAGCAUCAGGCAGCCCCUUAAAGGGUGGGCCAGCCCCACCUGAGGGGUCCUGGACAGGCCUGGAAGGGGCACUGCCCAGAGGGUCUGCUAAAGUCUUUAACAUCAGUGUUUUCAGUCCUAGAUCCCCGUUUGCCUUGGGGGUUCAAAGAUGAACUAUAACUUUGGACCCUAUUACGACAGUCUUUAGUCCGUCAAGGGCUGGCCUUACUUUAGAGGGCGAAUGCUUGACGAGCUGGGUGUUUUACUGGGAUGCGCUCCAUGAAACCAUUUAAGUCUUUCAACAGUGAACACAGCAGAUCGCAUCCUCCAGGGUUUGGUGGAACGAAAACCAAAGCAGUGCCCCACGCCCAUUCGCCCCCACCCCCAAGUGUCUUGCCUGAGGUACACAGCCAGGAGAAGAGCAGAGCAAACUCGAACAGGGGUGCCUGGCUCUGGCGUCUAUUGUCUUUCAUAACUUUUUUUUAAAAAUAUUUCAUUGCCCUUGACUGUUUCAUGCCUCCAGUUGCCUAAAGCGUACAUACUUGCACAAAUGGUUGGAAAGCGUUAGGGUAUUUUUUGUUUUUUGGGUUUUUUUUUUUUUUUUUAAGGUUAAAUAGUGACACAGCAUUCAAAUGCCCAUCAUGAGCUCUGUUUAGAAGCUGAUGGCUCCAGAGGUAAGAAGCCUGGGGUGGGAUUAAACUCCACCCACCCUCUUCCUCCUUCUUUCCCAACUCGGCUCCAAAGCCCUAAGAGCAAAAUUUCCAGCCCAUCAGUGCAGCCCUGCUCCUCUCCAGCUAAGCGUGUCUCAAAUGCUCUGCCCUACGCAUCCACAUGCCUCUCAGACUGAGUGGGUACCACCAAGUCUCCCAAACAAGGCAGCCUAUUCUCUGCACCCUCUGGGGUGGGGGCUGGAGCUCAGAAGGACAUGUGGGUAAGGCACAGGCACACACACACACACACACACACACACACACACACACACACACACACACACACACCAGUCUCCCCCAGCUCAAUACCCAUAUCAUCUGCAGAACUUCUGCUGGAGUUGAAAUUGAAGUGAAGAACGGGCGUUCGUGCCAAAAACCUGCUUCUCUCAAUGAGCUAGAUAUUUGCUGCAGAUUUUGGAAUUUUUCCACUGGAGGCUGUGGAGUGCUUUCUAUUUAGAAAAGAAUUUGCAGUAAUUGGGUGAUUCAGUGCCAGCUCAGUGGGUUGUCAAAAGACAAGAAUUCUCACCCACAGGGUAGAGCUAGGGGGCAAACCUCCAGAUCUGCUGCAAAGCUGAUUUUUUACAUUUGGGGAAAUUAUAGACUUCAAGUCCUUUCUUGUUGAAAUGGAUCAUGACUCAAGAACAUGUCAUACUGAGCCCUGAGGACUAAGCUGCCUCCCCAAGGAAUAGGCCGUGGCUCAAAGUCAGGUCAUGAAUAACUGGACAAGUUAUUUUAUUUGAAUAACUAGACAGGUAAUAACUGACUUGUCCAGUUAUUCAACAGAGGUGACAGGCACCAUCUUUUCAAAGGCAAAAAACCAGGUGAUUAAACUACCAAGAAGGGGCACAACUGGCCCCCCUCUUGGGAAGAUCUGUGCACACUCACGUGUGCUGUGUAACGGCACGAACUCUCAGAGCAGAGCUUGGGCACCCACAGGCAGGAGGGGGCCCCCAAGAACCACCUGGGCUGCAGGAAAUGGGAGGAAGUCUAGCUACCCAGCCAGGUAAGUGCGUGAGAACAGCCUGCCUUAGGACACUUGUCUGAGAUAGAGCUGGGCUGCACGCUCACAGUGUGGGGAGCGAGGGAGCGGGGUGGGGGGGGGGGCUGGCAGGCUGGCAUUCAGGAAGCCAGCAGUGCAGAGAGACCCAGCGCAGAGGGAGAAGAAUUGGUCAGAAAGGGGACCUGCCCUGUGCCAGCUUAGAGGCCGGCUUCCUGGAGGUCUAAAGGGACACUGCAGAGGCCCAGCUGCUGGGAGCCUGGACAGGGACACAGCUGAUGAGACCAGGGUACAACGUGGGGGUAUGAUCCCAGGGACGGCAAAAAGUCUAGCGACUGGAUCCAAGAUAAGAAAUGGGGGCUAGAUCCACAAGAAUGGGUGGUGAGGCUAAGUCUUCAGCCCCCCACCCCCACCCUUAAAGGGCUUGGUCUUAAAGAUUUGAGGCUUGGAGCUCCUGUCGUGAUUCAGCGGUUAACGAAUCUGACUAGGAACCAUGAGGUUGAGGGUUCGAUCCC